UUUCCGGUGAUGGAGCACUAGAACCCCACCCCCACCAUAUUUUGCACAGCACGUACCUGAGUAGCUACAGCUCUUAGAGCUAUCUAACGAAACGUUUCCCACUUCGCGCAAGAUCUCCCCAAGCAACCAUGGCAGAAGGUCUUGUCGCAGCUCUUGCAGAGCUCAAUCUCAAAUCGCACGAUGAGGACUGGAUUGACAGCAUUCUCGACGAGCAGCGUCCACCCAAACGCAUCAAGCAAAACCAUGAAGAGCUCAAACGGGAGCUAGAGCAGAAGUAUCUGACGCCAUCAACCACGUUUUCUACAGAAUGGCUCAAUAAGCUUCAACAGUAAGUCUUAUUUCUACUUGAAUAUCUUCAUGGUUAGCGUUCGAACACAUUUGAUUGUUAAAAAAGGUGUGAAGGAGAGGAGCGAAAAGCAGGGACAGCCUCUUCUGCAAUACUAAUACUUAUUUCUAUUUAGGCGAUGGGACUCACCACCAAAUUAUACUGACCUUUUCCAACUCGCCCCAACGCAAACACGUACAAUUACACGGUUCACAAGAGAAGGUUUGGAAGGUAGAGUCACAGGCUACAAGGAAGUUACAGUACCGGCAAACAGUGCAAACGCCAAGAAUUCUACAUCUUUCCUGAGGAAACCGGCAAAUAGGGCAGAUUUUGUAAGAGGUGCAGCAGGCUUCUUUCCGUUCGCACCCGGUGGACUGGAUGCUGUGGAAGCUGCGGCUGCUCUGGAAGAACAAGUUGGAAGAGUUGACAACAUAGUACCACAGAAAAAAAGCUUGGAAAGAAUCAUAAACUUUGGUGGCGAGGAUGGUUUGUUGAGUAUACCACCAGGAUUUACUAGGGGCUUGAAGUUUGAAAAGAAGGAGGAGGUCGACGAGAAAGAGGCAGAAGACGUGAAGAACGUCUUAGAGGAAGAACCGGCGGAGGAAGUGUCCACAAAUGGAGCAGAUGGCGCCAUGAAGGACGAAGCUUCUUCGGAAAGCUCUGAUGAUGAUGAACAAGAUGACAUUGAUUCUAUGUUACCAGUCGAAUUCCCCGCGCUGGAGCCCCAUGGCGCCCUUGCAGCGUCAAGCAAGAAGAGAGGAGGAAGAGAAUGGGCACAUAUGGUUGAUGUCAAGAGAGAUAUUCCAAAUUUUAGAGAAUUGGUACCUGAUAUGGCAAGAGACUGGCCAUUCGAGUUGGACACAUUCCAAAAAGAAGCCGUAUAUCACCUUGAAAGCGGCGAUUCGGUAUUUGUUGCUGCACAUACAUCGGCAGGAAAAACAGUAGUAGCAGAGUAUGCUAUUGCUCUUGCCGCUAAACAUAUGACCAAGGCAAUUUACACUUCUCCAAUCAAGGCAUUAAGUAAUCAAAAGUUCCGAGACUUCCGACAAGUUUUCGAUGAGGUUGGAAUUCUUACUGGGGACGUACAGAUUAACGCCGAGGCUAGCUGUCUUAUCAUGACCACAGAGAUCUUGAGGAGUAUGCUUUACAGGGGAGCUGAUCUAAUUCGAGACGUGGAGUUUGUAAUUUUUGAUGAAGUACAUUACGUGAACGAUUUAGAGAGAGGAGUUGUUUGGGAAGAAGUCAUUAUAAUGUUGCCAGAACAUGUAACAUUAAUUUUGUUGUCCGCAACCGUUCCGAAUACCUACGAAUUUGCGUCUUGGGUGGGAAGAACUAAAAAGAAAGAUAUUUAUGUUAUCUCGACCCCGAAGAGACCAGUGCCAUUAGAACAUUAUCUUUGGGCUGAUAAAGGUGUUCACAAGAUCGUGGAUGCAGACAAAAAAUUCAUCGAAAAGGGCUGGAAAUCCGCAAACGAUGUGCUAUCUGGCAGAGAUAAGGCAAAAGCUCUACCUGCACCAGAGCCCACGAAUGCUCGUGGAGGAGCAAACCAGAGAGGCAGAGGCCAGAAUGGACGUGGUGGGGCACAACGAGGGGGUGGUCCUCAACAACGCGGAGGAGCGCAACAGCGAGGUGGUCGUGGUGGUAGCGGACCUCCUCGUGCUAGCCAUAAUCCAGGACACAUGGGCCGCGGCGGUCGACCUGGAGGUCGAACAACAGCUGCUCAAGAUAAGACAUUGUGGGUACAUCUAGUUCAGUUUCUCAAAAAGGAGACCUUACUCCCAGCCUGUAUUUUCGUCUUUUCCAAGAAGAGAUGCGAGGAGAACGCGGAUGCUCUAAGCAAUCAAGAUUUCUGUACAGCUACUGAAAAGAGUGCCAUACAUAUGACUAUUGAGAAGUCCAUUGCUCGACUUAAGCCAGAGGACCGAUUAUUACCACAAAUCGUUCGAUUACGAGAUUUACUCGGAAGAGGUAUUGCUGUUCACCAUGGUGGCCUCCUGCCUAUAGUGAAGGAAAUCGUUGAAAUGUUAUUCGCACAAACCUUAGUUAAAGUCCUUUUCGCCACGGAAACAUUUGCUAUGGGUUUGAAUCUGCCAACUCGAACAGUUGUCUUUUCCGGUUAUCGUAAGCACGAUGGACAAUCCUUUCGAAACCUUUUACCCGGCGAGUAUACUCAAAUGGCUGGUAGAGCAGGUCGUCGUGGUUUAGAUACCGUUGGUUCUGUCAUAAUCGUGGCUCCAGGUGGUGGUGAAGCUCCACCUGUCACUGAACUUCGUCAAAUGAUACUCGGUGAACCCUCAAAGCUUCGCUCGCAAUUCCGACUGACGUAUAAUAUGAUACUCAAUCUACUGCGAGUUGAGGCUUUGAAGAUUGAAGAAAUGAUUAAAAGAAGUUUCAGUGAACAUGCUACUCAACAACUUCUACCAGAACAUGAAAAAGCCGUUAAGGUGUCCGAGGCAGACCUGGCUAAAAUCCAGAGAGAGCCUUGCGAUAUUUGUGAACAGGAUCUAGAUGCUUGCCAUGAAGCAAUUCAAACCUACAAACAAAUUACUCUCGAUAUCCACAUUGGGUCACUGGCAACUGCUAUUGGUCGCCGGAUGUUCGCUAAAGGUCGUUUGGUGGUUUACAACAAAGAUGGUGUUCGCACACCUGGUAUCCUUCUUCGUGAUGGAGCUAUAGACAUAAAUGGCCUAUCUCUCCAUGUUCUAGAAAUUAGAACAAGACGAGAUCAGUGGGAUACAACUGAUUUGUUACCAUUCGUGCCAAAGUUCAGGGGGAUGUUCACCAAGCUUCCACUUUUUAAGAAACAUAUUACUACCAAGACUUGUUAUAUCUUUGUCAAUGAUCUGGAGUGCGUCACGGACACGAUUGUAAAGGGAGUCGUUCCUGAUAUAUUUCAAAGCGGUGAAGUUUAUGAGAACGCUAAGCAGAAACUUUUUGAUUUGUGUUCAUCUUGGGAGAGUGAUGUAUGGGAUGAAUUAGACUGGUCCAAGAUAAAAGUUCUCCAAUUGAGGGAAAAUCUCGUGAAGCGCGUGCAACAAGCUACCGUUGCACAAAACGCUAGUUGCUUGACUUGUCCUUCAUUCUUGAAACAUGUAAGAGUUCCUCCAAUUGUUUAUCUGCAUCGUUGCGAUAUACAUAUACUAACAGACUUAUCCCAGUUCGCAAUGUGUCACGAUCAAUGGCUAAUUCAAGCUAAUAUCAUUCAACUACGUCAGCUAAUGUCCGACAAUAAUCUUCAACUUUUACCGGACUACGAGCAAAGAAUUCAAGUCCUCAAAGACCUCGACUUCAUUGACGACUCAUCCCGUGUGCAACUUAAAGGGAAAGUCGCUUGCGAGAUACACUCUGCAGACGAAUUAAUACUCACAGAACUCAUUCUUGAUAACGUGCUCUCCGCUCAUACGCCCGAGGAAAUUGUUUCCCUCCUCAGCGCUUUUAUUUUCCAAGAAAAAACGACUGUCGUCCCAACUCUUCCUAGUUCCCUAGAAUUAGGCAAGGUCAAAAUCCUCGAGCUCUCGAAAAAAAUAACAGACAUGCAACUCUUACACCAAGUCAUCCAACCAUCAUCCGAAUCCAAUGAUUUUGAAGCUCAUCCUGAACGUUUUGGCCUUAUGGAAGUUGUGUAUGAAUGGGCACGAGGAAUGAGUUUUAAGAAUAUUACAGAGUUAACAGAUGUACUUGAAGGAACUAUCGUGAGGGUUAUCACGAGAUUAGACGAGACGUGCAGGGAAGUGAGAAAUGCAGCGAGAAUCAUUGGCGAUCCGGAGUUAUUUCAGAAGAUGCAAACAUGCCAGGAAAUUAUCAAAAGAGACGUCACGGCCGUGGCAAGUUUAUACAUGUAAAUGUGUAUGGUUUUAGGGUUAAACGGGGCUCAGCGGUUCGAGAGGGAAAAUACCAAUAAGAAUUCCCUGUACAUUAUUCGUACAUGGAAUUAUGAAGUAAUGAAGAAACGAAUUUUGAUGAAGUGCCUGCCAGCCGCAUGACCUUGAAGUUCAAUUUUAGGACUUGAUGGUAAACAUUCUGGACGAAAUUGGGGCCACCUGAUGUGAAUAUGUGCAUUAGAAAGGUUUGCUGCGGAUCUCACUAUUCAAUGUGCAUGCGGCGAUCGGGCUGGAAUAUAGGUGACUCUUCCUUUCCACUUUCCGGUUGUACUUCUUCAUCACACUUUCUUACAAUACACUUUCUUAUCUAAAGUAAAUCUGUCAUGGAAUGACGAUACUUCAGCUCUGGUAGUACUCGAGUAGGAAUUUUCUACAGAUCACGGUGUAAGAGUACUUUGUGUUCUAGUGGAGAAAAGCUCAAAGCUGGAGUAAAGGCUAUCAUCAAUUAAAUUAAAUAGUUUCU